GAAAAAACGGAAAGGGGGAGGCGGUUUUUCUUCAACAGUCAAACGCAGAAGAUAUGGACUUUGCAGAACUGAGAAGAGCUGUAGAGGAGGUCGAGCUCAUCGACGCUCACGCUCACAACAUAGUUGAGCUGAACUCCAACUUCGCUUUCAUCCAUGCCUUCUCUGAAGCCUACGGGGAUGCCGUUUCUUUCGCACCCCACUCUAUAUCCUACAAGAGAAGUGUAAGAGAAAUUGCUGAACUCUAUGGAUGCCAAUGUUCUUUGCAAAGUGUUGAAGAAUAUCGAAGAGUUUCUGGAUUGCAAUCCAUCUGUUCUAAGUGCUUCAAAGCUGCAAAAAUCUCCGCCAUACUCAUUGACGAUGGGUUAGAAUUGGAUAAAAAGCAUGAUUUAAAGUGGCACGAGAGUUUGACACCUCUUGUUGGUAGAAUCUUAAGAGUUGAACGGUUGGCCGAGAAAAUUCUUGAUGAAGUGUUGCCACAUGGAUCUCAUUGGACAUUGGAUAAGUUCACUGAAGCAUUUGUCUCAAAGUUGAAAUCGGUUGCUAGUGAAAUCUUUGGAUUGAAAAGCAUUGCUGCAUAUCGUAGCGGUCUUGAAAUCAAUACAAAAGUGACCAACAAGGAUGCAGAGAAGGGUCUCAAUGAAGUGCUAAUUGCUGGGAAGCCGUUCCGUAUAACAAACAAGAACCUUAUUGAUUACAUCUUCUUGCAAAGCUUGGAAGUUGCUCAGUCUUAUGACUUGCCAAUGCAGAUACACACAGGCUUUGGAGAUACAGAUCUAGAUAUGCGACUAUCCAAUCCUCUUCAUCUCCGUGCAGUUCUUGAGGACAAGAGAUAUUCCAAGUGCCGUAUAGUUCUUUUACAUGCAUCCUAUCCAUUCUCCAGGGAAGCAUCAUAUCUUGCCUCUGUUUACUCCCAGGUGUACCUCGAUUUUGGGUUGGCAAUUCCAAAGCUUAGUGUUCAUGGAAUGAUAUCUUCAGUUAAAGAGCUAUUGGAGCUGGCUCCAAUAAAUAAGGUGAUGUUCAGUACUGAUGGCUAUGCAUUUCCUGAAACAUUCUACUUAGGUGCAAAGAAGUCUCGUGAAGUUGUUUUCUCUGUUUUACGGGAUGCAUGCAUUGAUGGUGAUCUCUCAAUUCCUGAGGCUGUGGAAGCCGCUAACGACAUCUUUGCACGAAAUGCAAUCCACUUUUACAAGAUUAAAUCAGCUACUGGUACUAUCACUUCACGCAACAUCCUGUCCCAAAAGUCAAAUAUUGCCUUAGAGGCUGAAUUGUCACUUGUUCGUCUCAUGUGGGUUGAUAUUUCUGGACAGCAUAGAUGCCGUGUUGUUCCGGGAAAGCGUUUCAAUGAUGUCGUUAAGGAGCAUGGGGUUGGUUUGGCAAGCGGCGUUGUAGCAGUACCUUCUUAUCUUGAUACAACAGUAGAAGGGUCUGGUUUGACUGCAGUCGGUGAAGUAACCAUAAUGCCUGAUUUGUCUACAAAAAGCAGAAUUCCUUGGAGCAAGCAAGAGGAAAUGGUUUUGUGUAAUUUGCAAACUAAAGGAGGUGAAGCAUGGGAAUAUUGCCCAAGGGAGGCCUUAAGAAGAGUGUUAAAGAUUCUGAAACAUGAAUUUGACUUGGUAGUGAAUACGGGGUUUGAGAAUGAAUUUUAUCUCUUGAAGAGUGUAACUAGGGAAGGGAAAGAAGAAUGGGUGCCGAUUGACUCGACUCAUUACUCCUCCACGUCAGCAUUCGAUGCGACAUCCCCCGUAUUUCAGGAAGUCAUUGCUGCUCUUCAUUCCUUGGGUAUUUUAGUGGAACAGGUACAUGCAGAAGCUGGAAAAGGUCAGUUUGAAGUGAUUCUGAGCUAUUCGACCUGUACUGAAGCUGCGGAUCAGUUAAUCUACACUCGUGAGGUUAUCAAGUCAAUUGCAAGAAAGCAUGGGCUGUUGGCAACUUUUAUGCCAAAGUUCUUUUUGGAUGACAUUGGCUCUGGAGCUCACGUGCAUCUUAGCCUGUCACAGAAUGGUCAAAAUGCAUUUAUGGCAUCGGAUACAUCGUCUAAAUAUGGAAUAUCGGCUAUAGGAAAGAAAUUCAUGGCAGGAGUUCUACAUCACAUUUCUUCAAUUUGUGCAUUUAUAGCACCUCAUCCUAACAGUUACCAACGUCUACAACCCAAUACAUGGAGCGGUGCAUUCAAAUGCUGGGGAAAUGAAAAUAAAGAAGCCCCACUGCGAGCCGCAUCUCCGCCUGGAAUUCCUGGUGGUCAAGUGAGUAACUUUGAGAUUAAAUCAUUCGAUGCUACUGCGAACCCACAUCUAGGCUUGGCCGCCAUAGUUGCUGCUGGAAUUGAUGGGCUUCGUAGGCAUCUUUCUCUUCCUGAACCUGUUGAUACAGAUCCAGAGGGCUAUGCAGAAAAACUUCAGAGGCUGCCGAUUACACUUUCUGAAUCUCUGGAGGCUCUUGAUAAAGAUGAUGACAUCUUUAAGGAAUUCAUUGGUGAAAAGCUGCUGACUGCAAUAAAAGCAGUUCGAAGGGCUGAAAUUAAUUAUUUCUCAGAGCACGAGGACGCUUAUAAGAAUCUCAUACACAUAUAUUGAAUCAGUCUGAUGCGGGUGUCAAGCUGGAGUAUUAUUUUGACCACAAAAAAAAAAGGUAGAGUAUUAGACUUCGGUGAUUUCAUCACAUUGAAUAAAGUAUCAGUGCUUCCGACUUUUGUGGUCCAAAACCAAGAUAGUGAUACUGUCAGGGGCAAGUGAGAAAUCGUUGCUUUCGUUCUUCGGCUUGUAUCAAUAGUUUUCCUUUUGUGUUGUGGACUCGGCCAACUUCUCAUAAUACAUUGAAAAAUAAUGGGUAAGUUAAUAAUAACAAAUUAUCUUUUAUCUAGUAAA